UUACAAGCUCGCUAGCAUAGACGCGCCAUCUCGGAACAAGACGUCUGUCGAUAAUUUUUAGCAGCAGAAAUAAUUAAAAAUUGAUAACAUCACGCACAGGAACUUCUGAGACGACAAUAUAACGUUAUAUUCGUUAAUCAGUUCUUUCUGUGAAACGACACUUUGGAUAAGAAAGUGUUUUACCCACUUAGCUAACUGUUAGCUUGUGACGUUGUUAGCUAAAACAACUUAGCUGCAGAGGAAUUUCACAGCCUGUUUAUGUUUUCGCCACUUCAGAAAAAUGUUGGACGGAUCUUCGGCUCACAGCGAUGAAGCCAACAUCGGCAACGUCGAAAACAACAACCCGGUAUUGUUGAUUUCCAGCAGCGAUGGGGUGAACACGGGCAACAAAGCGAGGCAGGCGCUACUGAAGAAAGGAGGGAGGAAGCUGCGGUCGACGGCGCCGCUGCACCACCACCAGAAAGCUCCGAGAAACAUCCCCAACAUCCGUCUGUCCGACCACAACAACAACACUCUGACUGCCUCAACUGCCAACAGACCCGCGGCUCAGCCCGGUACCGAGCUCCCUGCCGGUACACAGACCGUACUGACCAUCCAUCAUCUCAAACAGGGAGCCAAGAAAGAGCUGCUGAAAUCCAAAGGUGGCAGGUUGGAGCGAGGGACUGUGCAGCCAGGAGGCCAAACUGCCCGCAACCUUCCCAGACACGAUCAGAUGACCCAAAAUGUGAACACCAGGAGCCACAAGCCCAAGCAGGACCAAACACCUAAUGCUUCUCACACCACAAGGAAGAAAGAUCCCAGCAGCCCGAAUAAGCCCUCUUCUCCCCACCAGCCUCCAUCCCGAGAGCAGAAAAAACCUCUCCAUGCCUCCAACAACUUGAAGAUCACGAGCGCAUCGCCUGCUGAAACCGCGCCCGAAUACCUCAAAGAUGGCGAGAAAGUUUAUGCUGGAGCUAAGUUCAGUGAGCCGCCCUCACCCAGUGUCUUACCUAAACCGCCCAGUCACUGGGUGGGAGAAAACGAGCCUCAACACAGCAACCAAAGCCGAGAGCAAAUGACUGUUCAUUUAAAGUCGCUGCUGAAGGUUCAGGAUACAUCAUGACCACAAUCUGGAUUUUCAAAUUGGAGCAGACCUAUCGGAUAUGUGAUUAACGACGAAUGCCAACAAUUGUAAAAUUUAUAAUUCACUAAAUGGAGUUUGGCCUUGAACACACUGCAAUACAACAUAGGGAGUUUUUAUUAACUUUAGUAUAAUUUCCCAUUAGACGACACGCUGCCUGCAUUUGUGAACAUUUUGGAGAUGUCGUGUUGUUGCUGUAGAUCCGACCGACGUGCUGCGUAUGUCGUGUGUUUAUCAAAUGUUUUUUGCCUUUUUAGUUUGAGGAAAGAGAAAAUAACAUUUGUGGGAGGAGUUAACGUUAAACAUAAAGGAAAGAGGGCAGAAGGAGUUUAAGGUCGUCUCCAGCAGCAACACGCUCAGUGUCUGGCGUUUACAUUAUGUGAGACGAUGAUGGCACUGUCUGUGUGAACACUUUUGAAGAGGCAGCCUUGUGUUGAUCAACUUUUUAAAGGGUUUGUGUAAAUGUACAUAAUAUAUUUGAAACAUAUAUUUGUGUAUAUUUUUCCUUGUUAUUUUAACUGAGAUUCUAGUUUUGUUACUGAGGUUUUUUUUUUUUCCAAAAAAAAAAAAAAAAAGAAAGAAAAAUGUCCCCU